AUGGCAGCUGGCCUUCAUCUGCCACAGUUAAGCUACAUGGUUCCUGGACAUGGCACUGAGGGCCAUGAUCCACCGGUAAGGCAAGCUGCCCGCGGCCGUGCCCACCGGACUUCGAGCAGUGAGAGCUCUGGCCCAGCCCAAGCCGACGGGAGCAGGUUGGCCACCGGUGACAGUUCUGAAGCCCAGCUGCAAGCAGCAUCUGGUUUGAGGCAGGCAGCACGCGGGCGAGCUCACCGGACAUCGGACUGCGAUGGAGAGUCUGGUCCGGCAGCUGCCGACAGGCAGGCGGCACGCGGUGGAGCCCACCGGACUGGAGGGCCGGGGGGAAUGGCGCUGCUCUUGUGGCUUCGGAAGCCGGACAGGACCUCCGGGGACGAGAGCUUUGGCCCCGCGGAUGGCGGCAGGCCAUCAAUUGCUGAGCACAAUGAUGUUCAUGCGCGGAACCUUGCGGACCGGACAUCGAGCAGUGACGGAAUCACUGGAUUGGCCGAGUGUGUCAGGCAGCGCCACAGUGUGGAGCUGCGCCGGCGGAGGUCCGGAAGUGGCAGUGAGGACGACAAGCUGUGGGGUGAAAACUUUACGCCGAAGCAGGGCAGAACUGUGCCGGUAUACUCUCAGGAGCUCCUAGACCUGGAUCCGGUUCACAGCCUAGAACUGGAAACGUUGGCCCGACGCCUCCUCACUUCAAUUCCGAGCCGUGAGGAGAGCCACUGUCGGACUGGUCCCUGUGGUUUGAAGAGCACUGAAGUGCGACGGCGCCUCGCCAAGGACGGCCCUAACGAGCUCACACCACCAGACGUCGAAGCGCCCUUGGAGAAGUUCCUAAGGACUGCCUUCGCGGGUCUGCUGAACCUCCUGCUGUGGGCCUGCGUGUUUGCAGAGGUGUGUCUACUUUUCGUCUACCCGGGCGAGAGGGACGCUGUAACACCGGCCAUACUGUCACUGGUCAUCCUUUGCACUGCUGCGCUGCAGUGCUACACGGAACUGAAAGCCGAAUCUUCCAUGGAAGCCCUCCGCAAUAUGCAGGCCGCCGAACUCGUAAGAACGACUCGUAUUUCAGACGAUGGGCAGCGAUUGGACCAAGAGGUGCCACCUACUGAGUUGGUGACCGGUGACAUCAUCUUCUUGGAGCCUGGUCAGCGGGUCCCUGCGGAUGUGCGCAUCAUCCAUUGCAGCACUGGCACGGAGGUCGACAAUGCGGCACUGACAGGUGAGACGAUACCUGAACCCCGCACUGCCAACGCGGAGCUGCCUGCAGUGCCGGCCACAGAGGCCAAGGGGCAUCUGAACUCGAGAGCAUGUUGGGACAGGGACGGAAGGUGCCCCCUGACGAAGGCUCGCUGCCUGGCCUUCUUUGGCACCUCGGUGCUGAAAGGAACUGCAACCUGCGUCGUCUGUGCCACCGGUGAUGGCACCUUCUUAGGCCAAAUCGCGAACACCAUGAAGAAGGGCUCGCCCCGUUCUUCGCUGGAAGUGCAGAUGGAAAGUUUCGUGCACACCAUAGCAAAAGUUGCGGGUGGAGUCGCUGCAUGCGUUCUCCUGGCCAAUCUGCUAAUGAAUGACUGGUCGCUUGAUGAUGGCCGGCUCACUGCCAUCAAGGCCAGAGCCAGCCCGCGAUGGGUUCCCACGGCCAGCUCUUUGGCAGCCUUUGCGGGCACUUUGAACGUGUUGGCCGUGGGGAAGAAGGUGCUUCACCGAAAUUGUUUGCGGUCGCUCCUUGUUCGACCCUGCGUGGCCAAGCUGCCGAAGCAAUCCGAGCCACUGGCCUUGUCCGAGUGUGAGCCUGAAAGAUCCGAGCCACUGGUGCAUCCUGUCGUCGUUGCAGAGAUGGUGCCUCACCUUACGAGCAGCGGCCGCUUCGAGUUGGCACUCAUUCCGGACCCGGACUUUCCGGACUCUGAGCUUUCCGUCGUGGUCCGAUCUGGGGAGUUCCACAAAGGAGACUGUGCUUUCUUGGUGGUGGUCGGAGCUCGGCUUCCAGAGAACCUUGGAAAGGCCUCCGGCUGGCACGGGCUGCUGGCCGAGAGCGGCUUCGUAGUGAAGCCAACUCACUUCGGAAGACAGUAUUUGUCAAACGGGCUGCUUUUGCCAAGGUCUCUGGUCGAGGAUUUUGCUCCGGAAGAUGCAUUACUUGACCCUCAAGCUUUGACAAGAGCACUGAAAGUCGAAGGGCCUCCAACUCCAUUUCGUGCUCAGAGUUUCCUGCUGGAAGUUGGGUUCGAUGGGUCAGGCUUCUAUGGCUCGCAGAGCACAGGUGCUGAAGAGUCGCGCCCGACUGUGCUCGGUCAGAUCAUGCAGAGCGCCGAGAAGCUUGGCUGGGUUUGCGAGCAGCCGGGUUCGCGAACAAGUCGCCGCCAGUGGGCCUGCCUGAGCCGUGUGGAUGCCGGUGCCAGCGCUCGCAGCUUCCUCCUGACAACACCACCUCUGCUCAAGCCGCUGACGAACGAGUUGCCAGGUCCAAUUGAAGCAGCUCGUGCGCUGUCCUCGGAGCUCCCGACAAGCAUUCGCAUUCAUCGAGCGCUGCUUACACCUCGGGGGGUGCAGCUGCGCCACACCCACAAUGUGACCAGAGAAUACGGGUAUUUCUUUCCACUCCAAUGGAUACAGGGGGACAUUGAAGGCCUUCGCGAGAUACUCCAGCAGUUUACUGGGGAGCACUGCUUUGCCAACUUCACGGAGUUGAAGAAGUUGGAAGGGCUGAAGAAGAGAAUUCAGCGAAGCCUGCAGCUCCAAGCAUGGGCUCAUAGCCUCCAAAGCUGGAAGCGGUCGAGGCGGGAUGCCAACUACAGCGCUGAAGCUGGAGCAAUUUCAUCUUUGCAGGUGCACGGAGCCAUGAGAGCUGCGUGUGAGCGAACCGUUCUCAUGGCAGACGUAAAGAAGAUCCCCGGAACUCGUUUGGCCUGCAUCACCGUACAAGGUGAUGGAUUCCUAUACAACAUGGUGCGAUACAUUGCCGGCUCUGCUUUGGCCGUUCACUCCGGCAAGCUUGCUGCCGCCACGCUGCAAGCUGCUCUAGCAUCAUUUCUGGCAGUGGAUCUUUCGGAACAUCUGGCACCAGCAACGGGCCUUGUACUCCUGCGCCAGUACACAGGGGAGGCGUGGAUAUCACCGAGAUCGCAGGAGGCCGAAGCAUCUGCCGAAGAUUUCAUGAAGCAGCAGUUGCUGCCGAGGAUUGAGGGGGCUUGGAUGUCCCCAGGUGACGCAAGGCGAGCGGAGAAACCGGAAAUUCUGGAGAACUGCGCCACUGCAUUAUUCACGCAGGUGCCUGAAGGGCUUCUGCCAACCGUCACCUUUUCAUUGAUGAUAGCAUCGUCCAGGAUGUCCAGGCAGCAAGUCGUCGUCAAGAAGCUUGAUGCGAUCGAGUCUCUCGGAUGUGCGUCCGUCUUCUGCUCCGACAAAACUGGAACGCUGACGACUGGCGAGAUGACGGUGCAACACGUUCUGGUACCCGCCGUAGGCGGAGCUACACUUUUCAGCAUGCCGCAGCUGCAGGCUGAGGUUGUUCGCGGCGACGUGCGCUUGCAGCAGCUUGCAGCCGCUGCACUUACGAACAACAGUGUUCAGGCUUCGUCUGGGACAGGCAGUGCCCAGGUGGUGGGCUCCCCCACCGAAGUCGCCAUUUGUAGAGCAGCUGCAACCAUGCUCGGAAAGCCGCCGAGAGAGGCAGUGACUUUUCCUUCGCGAAAGGAUGUGGUUUUCGAGAUUCCGUUCAACUCGGAAAACAAGUGGAUGCUUACGGUGCACAAACUUGGGUCAGAGGACCCUUGUUACGAAGUGAUCGUGAAGGGUGCGCCCGAGAGAGUGCUUGAGUUGUGCACGGCCAACGAGCAAAUUUUCAGCAACCUGCGCAGCCUCAUGGACAGGCUCAGUGCCCAGGACAUUCCACACAGAGGAGAGUUCCAAGGUGGUUGCCUGGCAAGCUGCAACUUCCCCUUGCAAGACUGUAGCUUUCUCGGCUUCUUCGCGAUGGAGGAUCCUCCGCGUCCUGGCGUCCGUGAAGCUGUUGAAAAGGCUCACUCCGCAGGUGUCAAGGUAGUGAUGGUCACAGGGGAUCAUGGGGACACCGCCAAAGCCAUCGCCAAGAGAUUGAACAUCCUCUCUAGCACAACGAAGCUAUGCCGGAAGAGCGAGCGCUUUCAGGUAGUGCUUGGAUCUGAAUUGGACGAAUUCCUGCCGCUCGACGAUGGGUUCGCCCGUCUUGAGUCAGACAGCAAGGAGUUCUGGCGCGAAGCGGUUGUUCACACGAGGGUGUUUGCCCGUGUUUCGCCUUUGCACAAGCGGAUCAUCGUCCAGGCCUACCAAACCUUUGGCCAACAGGGCUUUGGUGAUGUCGUCGCAAUGACUGGAGACGGCGUCAAUGAUGCGCCAGCUUUGAAGCAAGCCGAGGUGGGGAUUGCCAUGGGGAUCCGGGGGACGUCUGUGGCGCAGGAUGCUGCGGACAUCAUUCUGCUCGAUGACAACUUCUCUUCUGCGAUCUCAGGCAUGGAGCAGGGUAGACUUGCGAGUGAGAACUUGCAGAAGUCGAUCAUGUACACGCUGUGUUCCAAAGUGCCACAAGCGUUGCCUGCUUUCUUCGAAGUCUUCGGACUGCCGGAAGCACUUGCCGCAGUGCAGGUCCUGCUCAUCGACAUCGGCACGGACAUUUGGUGUCCAGUUGGAGCUGCAGCGGCUGUGCGGGACGAAAUUGCUGUUUCAACAGGGGCAAAACAAAUCAUCCAGUUGCCAUCUCAUAUGGUCACGUGUCCUGCCGAGGUCGCCUUUGCAGCUCAAGGAAUCGGCAACCUCGUACGGGCGCAUGAUGACCUGAAAGACUACACACGGGAGGCAAGGACCGUCUACUACUGGACGCUGGUGCUUGGGCAGGUGGCGGCUGCGCUAGCCUCUACGACCAAGCGGCAGCCACUUUUCGGUUCAGGCACUGAUUUUAUGGCACUCAACUCAGCCUGCUCAGACGAGAUAGAGCAGCUUUGUGACGAGGAGUUCUUUGCCGAAGAGACCAUGCCCUGCUUGAUGAGAUACCGUGCUUCCGACGAGGAGAUUUCGGAGAAAUGCCAGUCGGUGAUGCGUUGGGCGCUCCCUGCAGACGAGGAGGAGGCCGAGGCUGUGACCGACGAGUUGGGUAUGUCAGAGAAGGACCGACAGGAAAAGGAGGAGUGGCGGGAGAAACGGAAGAAGGAACGCGAAGCAGCCAUAGAACGUAUGAAGAUGAAGGAGGUUGAUGCAAAGAAGGAAGCAGAGAGAAGAGAGCUGGAAAAGUUCAAGGAAGAGAACCCUGAGGCAUUUGCGGACAUGAAGAAGCAGCAGGCAGAGGAACAGAGACAACAGGCCGAGCAGAAGAAAAGGGAAAGACUGAUGAAGGCUGCGUGGGAGCGGAAGAAGCGGAUUGAGGCUGGUGAGGACCCAGAUGCAGAAUCAGGGCCCUCCCCUCCGAGCAAGCGCCCAAGCAGAAAACCAAAGGCUUCGAGCUCCUGGUACAGCACCAUCGCCGCCUUGAUCGUUUUGGUCGUCAUUGUCGGAAUAGGUUAUGUCGUAGUCACAGGCACAGGCAAGGCCGCUGGAGCUAGCGGGGGCCGUGGCGGAAAGGGAAAGAAGAAGAGCUUUGGCUGCAGAUCGGCACACAGGCCUGCAGCUUGGUCUGAUGAUACCAACUGCAUCUACGGCCUGGGAUAUACCAUGGCUGCCUGGAGCUACCCGAGAACGCAAGGAUAUGAGUUUUCCGGGAUCGUGAUACCACAUCCAGCGCUGGGUGUCGCAAAGGCGAACUGCCAGGCCAACAGCGAUAUUACCCAAAUGCUGAUUGGUGGCUACAGCGAAUCUGCAGCUGUUCCAAGUGCAGCGCCUGCCGCUGCCCGAGUUCCAGCACUGCCUUCCAGUGCGUGGCCUGGCCAUUACAAGCCAAUCAGGAGAGUCAAGUUCACAAGUGUGGACGAGGUGCUAGAGCUCAUGAAGCCUCAAUCUGCUGCGGGUGUCCCGCUGAUCAUUGAGGGUUCCAGCAUCAUACAGGCUGAGAAAUGGGAGGACGUCUCCCAUGUCAAACAGCUGUGGAAGGAUCGCCAGGUGCUGGUCAAGAAGUCGCCCAACUCUAAGUUUCGAUACUUUGACUUGAAGAAGAACUCUGGCAAGUUUACCUUCAAGCAGCCAGUGCGGGAGCUGCAGGACACCUUCGCGACAUUCCUGGAGCAAGCUAACCGGAUACUCAGCGAAGGAUCUCCUGAACGGAUGUACCUGCAAGAGACAUUGUCCGGUCAUUCAGAGAUGGCCGAGGAGUUUGCUUCUUGGAAAUGGGAACUUCCAAUUCGAAUAAGUCAUGCUUGCGGCUGGGGCCUGCCAGAUUCCAACGAGCUCUUCGUUGGAAUGCAGGGCGCCGAGACGCCACUUCAUUUUGAUGAGCGGGAAAACUUGUUCUUCCAGGUCAGAGGGCUGAAGGAGAUCGUGGUGUUCCCGUUCGUAGAUUAUUCGAAGCUGUAUCCCUUCCCAACAACGCACCCUUGCGAUCGGCAGUCCAUGGUAGGGAGCCCUCGUGAGGCGGACUUGGAUGCAUUCCCGAAGUUUAGACAUGCCAGUGGACACUAUGCCACGCUGCAAGCUGGUGACCUACUGUACCUGCCUUACGGUUGGUGGCAUUGGCUUCGCAAUCUAGACAACAUGGCAAUUUCGGUGUCGUUUUGGAGCACCACUCCAGCCACCGAUUUGUCCGGCGGUGUACCUUCCGAGUUCUCGGGCCACAUGCUCACCCGCGUGAAGCGCAACCUGGAGAGCCUUGUGGCCCAGAAGUUUGGCCCCGAAAGCCUUGAUGAGACAAUGCUUAAGCUGCAGAGCAUCGUCCGCAACAAGCAGGACGAUCCGGUUCUGAAUUAUGUCCGUGAGCUUCUGGCAGCUGUGAAGAUCCCGCUGCCGAAGCAGGAUGACUUCCUGCUCGAGAUCAUUGAGGGCAGGUUCGGCAUAGACUGGAAUACUUAUGUGUGA